GCGGGGAGAUCUGGAGGGCAGGGCUCGGACAGGUUAGGGGCGCUCCACACCUCUUAUCGGCCUCGCCGUGGGUCCGCGCUCCUGUAGGUCAGCGGGUCAGCGGGGCCUGCGGCGGCCCUGGCCCAUGGCAGGGUCUGCGGCGCCCGCGGCGCCUCUGUCGGGCCAGACGGUGUGGCUGUCGCGCUUCGCCUCGGUGCGCGGCUCCUACGGCGCCUUCUGCAAGGGGCUCACCCGCACUCUGAUCACCUUCUUCGACCUGGCCUGGCGGCUGCGCACGAACUUCCCCUACUGCUACGUGGUGGCCUCGGUGAUACUCAACGUCCGCCUGCAGGUGCGGAUUGAGUGAGCGCCAGCAGCGGUGGUGGCCGGGUCAGAGUCGCCUGCCCACCAGCGCCGAGCCUGGACACCUUGUGAAGGACAGCGGGGCCGCCGGACGCUUUGGGGUGCAGAGUGGCCUGGGUCCCUGCAACUGUAGACACCCGCGUCUGGGGGACCGCUACCCGACCCUGGACCCCGUCAACACCUGCAAGAAAACUCACGCAACGGGUCCUUUGCACUGGGCUCAAGAAAAUUACGAGUCCAGCUGACCUGUUGCCUCACACUGGCCAAAACUGGGAAAUCGGAAAGAAGGAAUUUUACUGCAGGGAAUUCAUUUGCCAAGUCUGAGCAAAAAGGCAUUGGUCUUUAUAGGUGGUGUCCAGCCACUAUCUGGCUUGUCAAGAAUCUGAUCCCUGCCUGGAAGUGCCUCUAUUCCUGCAGCCACCUGGGGAGCAACUGAGUGAAAUGCCCAGGAGGAGGGGAAGGGCCUUCUUGGUAGAGGCCCAGCAUGGACAGAGGCCUUGAAGCUUGAAGGGUGGGUGGCCCAGGGAUUGGGCCCUGGCAUGGGAAGGAGGGUCAUGUUUCCUUGGGAACAGAGAUCUCCUAGCAACACUGUGAGGAAGAUAUAUUCUCCCCACUCAUGGGGCUCCAGGGAAGGGGCUGGGAUUUGCCCUUGUCACACAGGUGGGAGGGUGGAGCUGAGUCUGCUGUUGGACCUGCAAUCUCCCACUCCCUCCACAGACUUCCUUAAGAUCUGGCAGUCUGUGGAACAGGGAAGGAGUACAGAGCUCCCAGGUACCUAGGAGGAGAGGGAUCCAGGGGUAGGAAAUCUGGGAUAUGGCUUUCCUUGGAGUGGUAUGGAAGGUCCCAGGGAAGACAAAACAGUGAGCUAAGAUGGGGCACAAGAGAGAUGGGUCUCUGAACCCUCUCUCUGUCCCUGGACUCAGGCUCCAUCCCCAGGAUCACACAGGAGAAUCUCAUCCAGAUGACCUGGGAUUGACUCUGAAGGCCCCAGGCAUGCUGCUAUUUGGGAUCCCAAAAUAGCCAGAAGCUGCCCAAGGGGAGUCCUCACCACCCAUGCCUAUUCCCUCAGCUCCUCUGGCACUGGUAGCUCAAGUCCCAUGUACUGAGUUCCUGGGACCAAAACCUACAGAAGCCUGGCCAGUCCCAGGGACAGAGUGGCCCAGCCUCCUACUGCUGCCCUUCUCAGCUGCUCACUGGAUCUGGGGUCUCCAAUGAAGAUCUCAGUUCGCUCCACCCCAAGGAUGGAGGCUUUAACAUGGCUGCCAUGUGUCCCUGUGGUUUCCCAAAGUCUAGGCCUGGUAGCUUCCUUCCUUGUGCCAAGUCCCUCUGGAGCCCUUCAUCCUGCUGACCCUUCUCAUCUUGUCCACUCAGGACCACUUCUGGAGACCUGUCAGCCUCUGACCUCAUCCACAGGUCUCUGGGCCACCUCUAUGGGACAAGAGACACAGGGUAGAAGAAGAAAGCAGGAGCCAAGGGGCCUCCUUGGGUCAGCUACCCAGUUUUGGCCCUUUCAAAUCCUGGUCCCACCCUCUGGGUGAUAGGAUCUCCAGCUCCAGCCUCUUCCGCAGUCAGCCAGGAAGGAAGGAGGAUGGCCCCUCACUCCUCACUGAGUGUGUGUGCAUGUUUGAGUACGCAUGUGUGUGUGAGUUUGCCAGCAAGCUUGUGGGGGUGUGAUGGAGGGGAUGGAGCUGUUGAGUAUGAGGAGCUGCUCUGGCUGCCCAGCCCUCUCUGCAAAGGGCUCCACUUGGGGCCUAGGAGCCCUUUUCUAUAGGGAGAAAAGUAAGUGGAGCCUCAGGGCCACCCUCAGACCUCCACUCCAGGGAAACCCAACCCUGCCCAGCACCCUGGCUUGGUCUUUUGCCGCCUCUGCCAAAAGGGAUUGGCCCCAGGCCCCACCCAGCCUUGUGUUCCUCCACUGUUGGGGCCUUGACCCAUGAGUGAGCUUCUGCUUUCCUGCCUCCCCUCUUGCCCGCUUUCUCUCCCUCAAGGGCCCUUGCUGCGUGAUGGGGUCUCCAUGCACUUUAUUUAUUUGCAGUCUGUGUUCCAGGUGGCUUCUACAUAUUCAGAGACCCAGCCUGGAUGACCUUACAUUUCUGUGUGAUGAUCUCUGCGCUGGCCAGCACAGUCUGGUCAGGGAUAUGUUCUUGUUUCUGAUAUUGUCACAUGUUGUUGUCCCCCUAUGUUAAAAAGAAAGUCCUUGAGUUCAGAACACUACAA